CAGACUUCCCGUUCACUAGGUUGAGUGACGGGUGGUCCGAUUCAUGGGUCAUCCAGGCUAGGGUAGCUUGACCUUCGGAGCCAGGGCCGCUAGAGAUUACGACGCGAAGUCACAACCAAAACAUUGUCAUUCUCUCACUCAUCCUCAUUCCAAACAGUUUCACAGAACUUGGCGAGGCUUUGGAUUUCACGCGAACUAAGCUUCAAAGGCCCGAGUACGGCGGUAGCUUGAGCGCAUACACUCAAGAAGGUCCAAGCCGUGCUGUUACGAUGGGCACAGCAAGCAAUCCCGGAAGCCCUAGCAGGGGCCCUUCUGAGGGCUCACGACGCGACAAUGAUGCAGCGUCAGGAUCUGCCGCACCUACGGCUGGCGGUUCAAGUACGGAGCAGACGACGACGACGACGACGACAGUCUCCGAUGCAACGACGACAUCAACCGAUCCAGUUCCAGCCCAAUCAAGCAUUUCCAGCCCUCCUGUACAAAGCUUCGCCGGGCCCUCCGCCGAACAUCCCCUCGAGGCCGGGGGCACCGACGAUGAUGAUGAAUUUACUCCCAGCGUCUUUGACGGAUCAUCGAUAGACGACGACAGGAGUCAAAGGACUGACUCAACUUCCCUGAACUCUAGCGUCUAUGAGCAUAGCUUCCAGCACGGCCGGCGUUACCAUAAGUUCCGACACGGACGGUACCCGAUCCCCAACGACGAGACGGAGCAAAACCGCGAGGACAUGUUGCAUGCGAUGAUGCUGGAAGCCACGGACGGGAAGCUUUACUUUGCGCCCAUCGGGGAUAACCCGCAGAAGAUUAUUGAUCUCGGUACGGGAACUGGUAUCUGGGCAAUUGAGAUGGGCGAUUUAUUCCCAAGCGCGGAGAUCCAUGGCCUCGACUUGAGCCCCAUCCAGCCCGUUUGGGUACCACCGAAUGUCAAGUUCUUAGUAGAUGAUGUUGAGGAUACUUGGUUGAACGGCACAAAUUUUGACUUUGUCCACCUACGAAACAUGGUGCCUGUUCUCAAGUCACCCGUUGGCCUGCUACGGAAUGCGUUCGAGCACAUGAAGCCCGGCGGCUGGGUCGAGCUUCAGGAUGUUGACGGCCAAGUUCACUGUGACGAUGGCACGAUGCCUUCUGACUGGCCCCUUGUCCGCUUCACGAACCAUCUCGUAGAAGCAUUCGCGAAGUUUGGGACGAAUUCUCAUGCCGCUGUGUUUGGACGGCAGUAUCUGGAGCAGGCCGGCUUCGUCAACAUCCAACAUCACACAGUGAAGUUACCGUAUGGCACAUGGCCCAGGGAUAAAAUUAUGCGACUAAUUGGCAUGUAUUACCGUACGGCCUGCGAAGAAUUCUUCCCGGUAGUAGGUGCAAUCCACUUUGAGCUGUUGGGAUGGAGUAAGAUUGAGAUGGAAGUUCUCUUCGCCGAAUGUCGGAAUGCCAUGAGAGACCCUAAUGUACAUGCUUACGGUAUGAUGCAUUUCUGGAGUGGACAAAAGCCUUUGUGAAAAAGGCACUGGGGGGUCGCAGAACGAAGGAAAGGACAUCCGCUACCACGGCGACUGGGUUGGAGAGGGAUAGCAACAGAACAC